CAAAAACCCGUUUUCCGUACAAAAACUGCAAAAAAUCGCUGACGAUUUGCAAACCGCCUCGCAGCCUACUGCCUCUCUUGUAAAAACCAACCCACCACAGACCCAUUUCUCUCUUUCUGUACAUUUUCUUUUUUUCGCAUUCGUCCCUUUUUCCGACUAGGGUUUCUUUGUUUUAAGAUGUCAUCCACUGAAGCCAAGACGGUCGUCCUGAAUACGUCCGACGGGGAGACUAUCGAGAUGGAUGAAGCUAAGACGGUCGCGCCGAAGACCUCCGACGGGGAGACUUUCGAGGUGGAUGAAGCUAAGACGGUCGUCCUGAAGAGCUCCGACGGGGAGGAGUUCGAGGUGGAGGAGGAGGUCGCCGUCGAGUCGCUGAAGAUAAAGCACAUAAUUGAAAACGCAUCCGCCGGCAUCGUCAUCUCGCUUCCCAAAGUCUCGUCGGGGGUGCUGACGAGGGUAAUUGAGUACUGCAGGCGUCACGCGUUCGGGGAGUAUGAUGAUACGUUGAAGGAUUACGACGCCGAGUUCGUGAAGGUCGACAACGAGCUGCUAUUUGAACUGAUCUCGGCUGCCGAAUGCUUGAACAUCCCAGGGAUGCUUGAUAUCACGUGCCAAGCUGGGGCCAACAUGCUCAAGGAUAAGACACCCGAGGAAAUCCGCGCUAUGUUCAACCUCACUAACGACCUCACCCCAGAGGAGGAAGAGGAAAUUCGCAAGGAGUUCUUGUGGGCCUUCGUGUAGCUGUAGGUUGCCUUUUGAACAAGUGUUGAAAGUAGGAAAUCUGGUAUCGUUUAAUAAUUGGAGACAUUUCCCUAUGUUAAUUCUCAUCUUCAAAUCCAGUCCUUGUUUUGCUGCUUCCUGUCUUGCCAUGGCAGCUUUUUAUAUUUUUGACAAGUUUGCUGACUUGAUGAUUACGUUAAUUCCGAAUUUAUGAAGUAGUCCAAUGUUGAUUUUGCGUGUUUUUCUUGAAAUUAUGCCAAGUAGG